AUGUCCGGAGGCUGGGGCUCGGCGGCCCUGCCCCCCGGCCCCGGGGCCCGGAAGCCCGCCCCGCGGAGCCUCAGCUGCGUCUCCGACCUGGACGGCGGCGCGGCCCCCGAGCCGCGGCCCUGCAGGCCCCCCGGGAGCCCGGGCCGCGCGCCGCCGCCGCCACCCGCGCCGUCCGGCUGCGACCCCCGCCUGCGGCCCAUCAUCCUGCGGCGGGCGCGCUCGCUGCCCAGCUCGCCCGAGCGCCGCCAGAAGGCCGGGGGCGCGUCGGGGGCCGCGUGCCGCCCGGGCUGCAGCCGGCAGCUCCGCGUGCGCUUCGCCGACGCGCUGGGCCUGGAGCUGGCGCAGGUCAAGGUGUUCAACGCGGGCGAGGACCCGGCCGUGCCGCUGCACGUGUUGUCGCGCCUCGCCAUCAACUCGGACCUGUGCUGCAGCAGCCAGGACCUGGAGUUCACCCUGCAGUGCCUGGUGCCCGACUUCCCGCCGCCCAUCGAGGCCGCCGACUUCGCCGAGCGCCUGGCGCAGCGGCUCAUCUGCCUGGAGCGCGUCACCUGCUCGGACCUGGGCAUCAGCGGCACAGUGCGCGUGCGCAACGUGGCCUUCGAGAAGCAGGUGGCGGUGCGCUACACCUUCUCGGACUGGCGCAGCGCGCACGAGGCGGUGGCCCGGUGGCGCGGCCCGGCGGGCGCCGGGGGCACAGAGGACGUCUUCGCCUUCGGCUUCCCGGUGCCGCCCUUCCUGCUGGCGCUCGGCUCCCGCGUGCACUUCGCGCUGCGCUACCGGGUGGCGGGCGCCGAGUAUUGGGACAACAACCACGGCCGCGACUACAGCCUCACGUGCCGCAACCACGCGCUGCACAUGCCUCGCGGGGAGUGCGAGGAGAGCUGGAUCCACUUCAUCUGAGGGCGUCCCUCGAGCCCAGCCGCGGGGGCCUCGUCGCUGGGCUCCCCCAUCCUGGCGGUGACUGUUCCCCCCCCACGGCCUGGGCCUUCUGACUUCAGCUUCUGCUCCAAGGCCCCCAGGCUGUGGCCCUUUCCAUCGUCUACUUGAAACGUCUGUGUCCCUAGGUCUAAAGAGUAGCCUCAGGUGGCCAGAAGGCCGUGGUAUAAUGCGCCGGGGGAGGGUGCUGGGUGGGCGGAGGAUGCAUGGCGGUGUUCGCCCCUCUGGAGAGGGCCUAGGCGGGGU